AUGGAACAUCAUCAGUAUAGUCCUAACAGAGCCAAGCGACCCCGUGUCGCGGAAGAGAAUCGUAAGAGGGCUGUGCGAGCCUGCGACGGAUGUCGCAGAGUCAAGGAGAAAUGCGAGGGCGGAGUGCCGUGUCGGAGAUGCACCCGCUAUCACCGCCAAUGCGUGUUCAACACGCCGGCUGAGCCAAGUGACAGAGUCAAUAGACUGCAUGAUCGCGCCGCUAGUUUCAGCCGCGAUGACGACCCUGACUCCCAACGUGUCCGGUAUAUGGAGCAAAUAUUGGCGCACUAUAUGCCCAAUACUAGCUUUGAUGUUCCCUCUUUGCGUAAAAUCGCCGAGGAUCUGCAGAAACGUCAUCACGACCUGUCCGAAUCGGAUGGGCCUCCUACUCAGGCAGAGGGGGAUGAUCUCGACGAUCUAGCCAUCGACGAAGAAGACUUUAGCAUCCGUGCUUUUUCAGACAAUACCACUCACUACUCCGGAGAGUUUUCAUACCAGAAUUUCUCGAUGAAGAUUAGACGCAAAAUUGACGAAUGGAUGCAAAACGCAGCACCAGAAGAUAAUGCCGAACCUGUGCCCUUUGAGGAAAGAUGGCGAGCCACUCAGCUACAGUCCGGAUCCUCACUUGUUUCCGCCGCCAUCACAUGCCUGCCUCCUCGCUAUGUUGCUGACUUUCUCGUCAACACUGCCUCGAAAUAUGCUAGAACGAAUAACUUUUACGUAGAAGAGGACUGGCUACGCGAUAAAUUGGCUAUCUGCUACAACGACCCGGAUAGCCUUACCUCGGUCGAUGCCGCAUCCGUCUGUGCUAUUCUCAUGACACUUGCCAUUGGGACCCAGUUUGCCCAUAUGGAAUCCCGGACACCGGUAAACAAGAUAACAAGAGAGGAGUCGACGACAGACGACCACCGAUUCUCUGAAGACGAAGUUGGUUUGACAUUUUAUCAUUUUGCCUCCAAGCUGCUGCCAGAUAUAAUUGCCAUGGCGUCUGUGAGAAGCGUUCAGGCCUGCUUGCUUAUGGGGACGUACUUGCUGCCGCUUGACACAUCCGGUUUGUCAUAUACCUACUAUGGCCUAGCAAUGAAGCUAGCUAUCCAAAACGGCAUGCAUCGGAAAUAUGCGGGCGAAGGACUAGAUUCAUACAUGCAGGAAAUCCGCAAUCGUGUUUUCUGGACAGCAUUCACUAUAGAGAGGCGAAUUAGCAUCCUCCAUGGCAGACCACCUUCUAUCACCGAUUCCGAAGUUGAUGCCGAUUUACCGGUUGAUCUUCCAGGCCUAGCGUCCACAACUACGCCAGACAACUACACAAACAUGAUGGCGCUGAUCAAAUUGACUAUGAAGCUCGGCGAAUUUGCACAGGACAUAUCGGCGCUUCGAAAAUGCCCCAAGUGGAAACAAUCAGAGUACCUCGAAAAACUCCUUGUACAGCGUCGACAACUGGUUGAAUGGUGGUCAACUCUUCCAAAAGAAAAUUCCUGUCGUGACCUCAAUCCCGCGGGGCCUCUCUUUCGUUCCAAUGUGCACCUGAAACUAGACUAUUGUUUGGCCAGGAUAUUCAUUGGGAGACCAUUUCUAUUCAGCAACGUCAAAGGCGUUAAUUUCAACGCACAACAAAAGUCCUCAGCAGGUCGUUCAAAGAUGAGAGCAAUCCUAGUAAGCGACUGCGUCGAAGGAGCUCUUGAAAUUGUUGAACUAUGCCGCCUUCUACGAGACGAGACAGGGCUUGCCCGAGCGUCCUACACCGAAUUUAGCUCCUGUCGUGCUGCCCUUCUUGUUAUCCUAGCUCAGAGCCUGACUAAACGCACAGAAAGACUUCGCAACGCCUUAUCACAGGGAAUGGGUCUGAUCAAAAUCAUGUCCAUGGGGGUCGGCUCUGCUAAGUCCGCCGUCAGUGUUAUAGAGGCACUCGAACGUGCAAUUCGUCGCCUGGAGGACUGGAGUCAAAGUCAAGCUCAAAGUCGCCAAGAAGCGCUCGAUACUGGAUACGAACUGUUCAAGAACUGGGAAAUGCUGUGGAAAACCGGGCCCCUCUCCCCAGCUACUGGAAAUGCGACACCCAGUCAUAAUAGCAAUAUUGCAGCUCAGCUCCAUCCAAUCCCAGCCAACUCUUUCUCAUCUACCACUACGCCGUUUCCUUCUGAUAAUACCAUGAAGGCCAACACUAUGGAGGUCCUGAACAAUCAACUGUUUGACCCGACUAUCAAAUUAGACCCAAUGAAUAUCACCACCAAUGCCACGGGAACACCGGCUCCCCAUCAAUUAGAUAUGGUUCAUUCACCCAACACAGGAGCUCUGCCACAGACGCCUCAUUUUGGGUUUGAAGGAUUUAUUUCGAAUUUCCCUCAGGAGCUGGACGAGUUCACAGCCAUCCCAUGUUUUGAUACCGAUGCUAUUGGACAGGCUGCAGCGCCGGGUAUGGACUUGGAUAGCGCGAUCAAUGCAGCCAAUCAGUCUCACAAUGAUUGGACUUUAUGA